UAACAAGCCCAAUGAACUAACUAUAAACUGCCCACGGCAAGUCAUUUACCAUGUGUGUAGGGCAAGAGAAAAGUCUGUCCUUUGCUUCCUUGCUCACUUGUUCUUCCCCUUCAAAAUACUUUGCCUCUGGAUCAUCAUUCAGAUGGUCCAUCUACCUGUGAUCUUCCUUCUAGUUUUCUCCCAGAUCUGUCUUACCCUCAAACUUGUACCUUUCUGUGCCGGUGAAGACCAUUUUGCCUACUCCGGCUUCACUGGUGCCGGAAACACCAGCCUCACCCUUGAUGGAGCUGCCAUAGUUACCCCCAAAGGACUCCUCGAGCUGACGAACAACGUGGCAAAUACCAAAGGCCAUGCGUUUUACCCAACUCCGUUUCAGUUCAAGAAGUCACUCAAUGGCACAGUACAGUCCUUUUCAGUUACCUUUGUGUUCAGCAUCGCCUCUGCCUACUCAGAAGCAAGCACCGAUGGCAUGGCCUUCUUCAUCAGCCCAGAUCAGAAUUUCUCAGAUGCCAUGUCAGCUCAGUACAUGGGCCUCCUCAACAGCAAGAGUGACAACGACACCAGAAAUCACAUGUUUGCAGUGGAGCUCGACACUGCUCAAAACUUGGAACUACAAGAUAUCAAUGGCAACCACAUCGGCAUUGACAUCAACAGCCUCAACUCCAUUCAGUCCCAUCAUGCUGGCUUCUAUGACGAUGAAGACGGUGGCAGCUUCAAAAACCUGACUCUGUGCGGCUGCAAGCUUAUGCAGGUUUGGGUGGAGUAUGACGGAGAGACUACACAGAUCAAUGUCACUUUAGCUCCCACCGUAAUGGCUAAACCUGCAAGGCCACUACUCUCAGUCACUCACAACCUUUCAGCUGUGCUAACUGAUCAAGCAUAUAUUGGUUUCUCAGCCGCAACUGGCCCACUCAGUUCAUGGUUCUAUGUUCUUGGUUGGAGCUUCGCCCUUAACACUUCUGCUCCAUCCAUUGACAUUGACAAGUUGCCUGAGCUCCCUUGUUCUAGCCGUAAGACUUCGCCAAAGGUGUUAAAUAUUGUAUGGCCAAUAGCCACCGCAUCACUAUUUAUUGCUACAUGCACGGCAGUAAUUCUUCUCAUCCGGAGGAAGCUCUCUUUUGCUGAGUUGAGAGAAGAUUGGGAGGUUGAGUUUGGGCCUCACCGGUUCUCCUACAAGGAUCUAUUCAAAGCUACAGAAGGAUUCAAGAAUAAGCACAUACUUGGCACAGGAGGGUUUGGGAAGGUGUACAAAGGAGUGCUGCCAACCUCCAAAUGGGAGGUCGCCGUGAAAAGGGUGUCCCACGAUUCAAGCCAAGGUAUAAAAGAGUUCAUCUCUGAAGUUGUUAGUAUUGGCCAUUUACGGCACCGCAACCUCGCUCAGUUACUCGGUUAUUGCCGACGUAAGGGAGAGCUCCUCCUGGUCUAUGACUACAUGUCAAAUGGUAGUCUUGAUAAGUAUCUAUACAGCGAGGAAGGGAAACCCAUUUUACAUUGGGCUCAGAGGUUUCACAUUAUCAAAGAUGUGGCUUCUGGCCUAUUACACCUCCAUGAGAAGUGCGAGCGGGUUGUCAUCCACCGAGACAUCAAAGCAAGUAAUGUCCUCCUUGAUAAUGAAAUGAACGGACGCCUAGGUGACUUUGGCCUUGCAAGAUUACAUGACCAUGGUACCGACCCACUAAUCACCACAAAACUUGUUGGGACCUUGGGGUAUCUAGCUCCGGAGCUAGCAUUCACAGGAAGAGUAUCCCCUCUCACAGAUGUAUAUGCCUUUGGCGUGUUCCUUCUUGAGGUCACCUGUGGGCGAAGGCCAAUCAGCAACAGCUCACAACAUAGACCAAGGUUGUUAGUCGAUGUGGUUCUCGAGCACUGGCAUAGAGGAUCACUCAAGGAAACGGUGGAUCUAAGGAUGAAGAGUGACUAUAAUGCCGAUGAGGCAUGCCUAGUUCUGAUGCUUGGGCUGAUGUGCUCACAACCGAUCCCCAACACAAGGCCUACCAUGCGGCAGGUCAUGCAAUACCUUGAUGGUGAUAUUCCACUGCCAGAGUUGACACCAACCAACUUCAGCUACAGCUCGGUAGCAUUUAUGCAGAAAGAAGAGUUCGAUACCCCCAAAAGGAUUGUGUUCUUCAGCCUGCUCAUGGGCCUUAGCCUUGCUGUGUGCAUUACUGGUAGUGGGGAUGACCAAUUCGUCUACUCUGGCUUCAAUGGCAGCAACCUUACUCUUGAUGGUGCUGCUAACAUCACACCAAGCGGCCUUCUUGAGCUGACAAAUGGUACAGUCCGGCAGAAAGGCCACGCAUUCCAUCCCACUCCCCUUCGCUUCCACAGAACGCCCAAUGGCACGGUGCAGUCUUUCUCUUUAUCGUUUGUGUUUGCCAUCCUCUCCGCCUACCCUGACUUGAGUGGCCACGGCCUUGCAUUUUUCAUUGCACCAAACAAUAAUUUCUCAGGUGCAUACCCAACCCAGUACUUGGGACUCUUCAACGACCAGAAUAAUGGCGCCACAAGCAACCACAUCUUUGCAAUUGAGCUCGACACUGUCAAAAACUAUGAUUUACAAGACAUCAAUGGCAAUCAUAUUGGCAUCAACAUCAACAAUCUCCACUCCUUAGAAUCCCAUGAUGCUGGCUAUUAUGAUGACAAAAGUGCUAUCUUUCAGAGAUUGGUACUCAUUAGCCACAAGGUGAUGCAAGUGUGGGUGGACUAUGAUGCAGAGGCCACACAAAUCAAUGUAACCAUGGCUCCCUUCAGAGUGGCAAAGUCUGUGAGGCCACUGAUCUCUACCACUUAUAAUCUGUCGAUGGUGCUCACCAGCCCUGCAUAUGUUGGCUUCUCAUCCUCUACAGGCACAGUCACUGCACAACACUAUGUGCUUGGCUGGAGUUUUGGCAUGAAUACUCUCCCUCCACCCAUUGACACUACCAAACUGCCUAAGCUGCCUCGUCUUGGUCAAAAGGCUCAGUCCAAGGCAUUGCAGAUAAUUUUACCGGUAGCAAUUGUGGUCCUCCUCUUUGUAGUCGGAACUACCAUUUUUCUACUUGUGCGGAAGAAUCUAAGGUAUGCUGAACUCCAUGAAGAUUGGGAGGCUGAGUAUGGGCCACACCGAUUCUCAUACAAGGAUCUGUUUGAUGCCACAGAAGGUUUUAAAGAUAAAAAUCUACUUGGCAGUGGAGGGUUUGGAAGUGUUUUCAAAGGGGUGCUCCCAGUAUCCAGAUUUGAUAUUGCUGUCAAGAAGGUGGCACACAACUCAAAUCAAGGAAUUAAGGAAUUCAUCGCAGAGAUUAUUAGCAUAGGUCACCUUCAACACCGCAAUCUCGUGCAUUUACUGGGGUAUUGCCGCCGAAAAGGUGAACUUCUAUUAGUAUAUGAUUAUAUGCCAAAUGGAAGCCUGGAUAAAUACCUAUAUGGUAAAGAGGGAAAGGCUACUUUGGAUUGGGGUCAGAGGUUUAAAAUUAUCAAAGGAGUAGCACACGGUUUACUCUAUCUUCAUGAGGAAUGUGAGAAAGUUAUCAUACAUCGAGACAUUAAGGCAAGCAAUGUGCUUCUCGACAAUGAGAUCAAUGGGCGAAUAGGUGACUUUGGUCUCGCAAGGUUGUACGACCAUGGAAGUGAUCCAGAGGCCACACAGGUUGUUGGCACCAUAGGGUAUCUAGCUCCAGAGCUUGCACGCACCGGCAAAGCAACCCCUCUUACCGAUGUAUACGCCUUUGGCAUGUUCAUUCUUGAGGUAACCUGUGGGACAAAGCCUAUCAACAAAGACACAGAUAUGCACCUCAUGUUAGUGGACUGGGUGAUUGAACAUUGGCAUAAAGGGUCUCUCACUGAUACAGUGGAUAUCAAGCUUCAAGGCGAAUAUGAUAUUGAUGAAGCACGCUUAGCACUAAAUCUGGGAUUAUUAUGCUCUCACCCAUUUACAAAUGUAAGGCCAACUAUGAGGCAAGUCAUGAAGUACCUCAACAAGGACAUGCCAUUACCGGAGUUAAUGCCAACACAUUUAAGCUUAUGUAUGUUGGCCUUGAUGCAGAACGAAAGGUUCAACCCUUGCAUCGCAUCACACCAUUCAUCAGCAACAAGCUUUGGAACGAUAUCUAGCCUCUCAAGCGGGAGAUGAGUAGAUGGGACACAUUUACUUCAAUAUUUGUAUUUAUAUAUGUCCCUGCUCAUAUAUUGCAACUGGAGGGCAGACAAUAGUUGUUUUUAUUUUGAAAUUAUACAGGUCAUGUAUACAAAUGAUGUACAAAAACAACCGAAUCAAAGAGGAGCACAAAAAUAAAUGGAAAUGGCAAUCCACUGAAACUGUUCUAUAGGACUUAUCUUUUUUGUUUUGUUAUAGAGGCUUAUAGAGGGGUCAGCACUACAGCCGCAGGCCCAAGCCUGCAGCCACGUCCAUAACCAUAGGAACAGCUGCGCCCCAAGGCGCUCUUUCCUCCUUGGCAACCAAGAAAGUCCAAAUUUGUCCCCACGAAAACAUCUCUCUAUUAGGAGGUUGUUUUGUCUCUAAAACUGUUAGAAUUUGGUUUUCUUGGGGACUUUAGGUAGGAUUUUGUCAAGCCCAGGGUGAUAUUCAGGUUAGAACAAGUCUAGAGCUAGGGUGCUAAUUCCUUAAAUAAAAGGUUUAAAACUAGAAAUUAGAUCAUGAUUUUGUUGUUCUAAAUAUAUCUUGCUCCAUUCCAAUCCUUUUGUAUGGUUGAAGACAU